GGUAAUCUGGUAUGCAGAAGCGCGUGUUCCUGUCGCAUCGUGCUACAAACCAGUGUCGCGAACUUCGUAGUGGGAGUGUAUCCCGGACGAAAUCGAGUAUAAAAGAGGUCUAGCUAAUCCACAAGUCAGUUCAGUAUUCACUAGCGUUUCAUUCGAACUACCUUCGAAAUCUCCAACCGCAAAAUGUCUGCCAUGAAAUUCCUGGUUUUCUUCGCCUGUAUGAUCGCCGCUUGCUCGGCCGGAGUCUUGCACGCAGCGGUUCCAGCUGUUCCAGCAGCGUACGCUUCGGUCCCGGCGGCUUUGACUGUCGGAACCUAUGCGUCCAGCUACAACGCACAUGCCAUUAAUCACGCAUACGCUGCACCAUACAUCGCAAGCCCCGUAGUUGCCCACGCUGCUGCUCCGUUCGCGUACUCCAGCCUCCCAGUCAUCGCUGGCAGACGCUGAAAACUGUACCUUCUGGCGUUACCAUUCGAGGACAAUCGAGAAACAUCCGGUUGCGUUCAAACCAAUGACCGUCCAGCCACGAAACAACCUAACCUUCGAUACCACCUCUCCACCGGUGCCCAGUGGAUUCUGAACGAACGUCACUGAUCUGGAAUACCAUCGAGAACCUACAACCAUUAUGGAUGUUUCCCUCUUCGUCCUCUUUGUUUUCUCUAUCCCCAAUUAAUUGUCAAUGUUUUCUCCGAUUUCCUUUUUGUAAAAAGUUACAAUAAAUCAUUUUUCACACGCAA